AUGCGCGGCACUACCUUCCUCGUUUUUGCGUCGUUCAUUCUUCCGAUUUUUGCUGGUCCGCAGAUUGUCGACACGGUCGUCAGCCGCACAUCAACAAAGAUCCUCGAUGGCCGAACACCUCUUAUCGAAGCUAUCCCAGUGCAAGGUCGCUCAGCGGUGACCAUCGAGCGCGAAGUCGAGACAGAGUCUAGUGACCUGCUUGCCGAGCGUAUGAUUCGCGGCGGCAGAGGGCGUGGUGGUGAUAAGAGAUCUGUUGAUGAAAGGGCCACUCGUGGCGGUCGCGGACGUGGUGGCGACAAGAGAUUGGUUGAUGAGAGGGCCACUCGUGGCGGUCGCGGACGUGGUGGUGACAAGAGGUCGGUUGAUGAGAGAGCCAUUCGAGGUGGUAAGGGCGACAAGAGGUCGGUGGAUGAGAGAGCCAUUCGAGGUGGCAAGGGCGACAAGAGGUCAGUGGAUGAGAGAGCCAUUCGAGGAGGCAAGGGCGACAGGAGGUCGUUGAUGAGCCGAUCCAUUCGGGGAGGCAGAGGACGCGGAGGCGACUAA